UGCAGUCGACUGACAGGCACAGACAGGCAGGUGAACCUUUUUCCGUCUUGCAUUGAGACCAUUCUCUAAUCAUUGUUCGUCAGUUUAUUUAAGAGAAACUAUUAUUUUCUCAAAUAGCGAGUAAAAAUGAUUGUUUAAAGUAUCUAUCAAUUAAUUUUAUCAGUGUUGUUCUCACUGCGCUGUUAUUUUCAUCAAAAUUUGUCGAAAAUGGCAAUGCUUGCCGAACCACGACGAAAACAAAGAUGGACGUUGAAUCCACGAGGGAAACAAUGGAGCGAAGAUUCCAACAAAUUCGGACAGAAAAUGUUGGAAAAAAUGGGCUGGUCAAGCGGAAAAGGCCUUGGGGCUCAGGAACAAGGAAUGACUGAACAUGUCCGAGUGAAAUUUAAAGAUGAUCAAGGAGGUAUUGGCUUUAAUAGAAACGACCAAGACAAACAGUGGACACAACAUCAAGACAGUUUUAAUGACUUGUUAAUGAGUCUUCAAAAGAAUCAAAAUAUGGAACAAACAGAAGUGAUGGAAAAUAAGGAAAUAUCAUUAAGUGGAACGUCUUUGGAGGAAAAAUCGAAGCAAAGCAAGGCUCGAGUGCAUUACCAGAAAUUUACUAGGGGAAAAGAUGUAAAUAAAUAUAGUUCAAAAGAUUUGGCUAAUAUAUUUGGAAAACGAACUCUCGAUGAAGAGGUAAAAUGUGAGGAGGAGGAGGAGGAGGUGGAAGAAGAUUUUCACGCUGAGCCUGUCGGUACUGAAGAUAAUACUGCCGGUGUGCUCACCAUAAAAGGUGGAAACAGUUCUGAAUACUUUAAAAAUAAAAUGUCAUUAAUAAGAGAUAAUUUUGACAAUAACACGGAAAAACGAGACGACAGCGACAGUGAAAGAGAACGGUAUGUGGGUUUUGGUUUUAAUAAUAUAAAAACUGAUCAAUGUGGCAAUCAUUCUCAAAGCGUACAAACUCCAAUGAAUUACGCUUUUGAGAAUCCUUGUCUAGAUUUAAAUUUAUCGCCUCCAGUCAAGCUCUCAAAAAAGCGCAAAAGUUGCGGAUUUGAUAAUGAGGGCUUAGACUUCAAAUAUCCUGAAAAAAAUGAAAUACCAAAAAAAUCUUUAUUCGAUUGCAAAAUUUCCGAAACACCCGAUUGUUUCGUGAAUCCUGCCUUAAAUUUAGAAGUUCCCGAGAGCACGACUUGUAAUGGUGCCGAUUUCGAAGUAAUAAGACACGAGAAUCAAGAAUCGUUGGAGGUUUGUCGAAAAAAGAAAAAGAAAAGGAAGAAGCAAAAGAACAUGGAAAUAAUUGACACGGCUUUUGAUAAUUGUGCCUUAAAUUUAGAGUUGCCGGAUACGAAUGAGUACAAGGGAACAGAAUUUGAAGUUACACGAUGUCAAAUGGGUCUCGAUAAUGAUGCGUUAGAUUUAUCGGAUGAGAAUUGCACCAAAAAGCGUGUCACUUUUAACGAUUGCGUCGAAUAUAAUACCGAUGUGAUAAAAAAGAAAAAGGGAAAAACGAAACUUGAUAAAUUCGAAGUACAAACUGAUAAAAUAAAACGCAAGAAGAAAAGAUCGUCAUCGUCUGAAGAAGGUGGAAUGGUUUUUAUAAAUGAAGCUCUCAAUGUCGAGACAAUUAGCCAAGAAGUUCAAGAUAACGAAUUAAACGAGAGAAAAUCUCGAAAGCAGAAAAGAAAGAAAAACAGAAGAAUGUCAAAUUUAGAAACCAUCGAAGAAGCGCCAGAGGAAAAUGAGAACGAAGAUGCAAUUUGCGAAAGAAAGGAAAUAAAAAAAGAGAAAGAUGUAAUUUGCGAUCUGGAAAUAAUAACUCUUAAUGACUCGAUAGAAAGUAUCUCGGCAAAUGAUGAAAUAUCAAAGAAAAGCAAGAAAAAGAAAAAAAGGCAAAAUAAUCCCGAUAUAAUAACAAUUGAAAACACAACAGAAGCAGAAGAUGAAACAAAGAAGAAGAAGAAGAAGAAGAAGAAAAAGAAGAAACAUCAAGAAGACGAUAAAGAGAAUGAGAAUUUGCCUACUGAUAAACUUGUUCUAAAAGAAGAAAACAAUGAAACUGAUUCCCAGGAGAAUGAAAAGAGGAAAAAACGAAAACGGAAAUCGAGCGAAACUUGUGAAUUUUUCUUAGAUUUGGUUGACGAUACCGUUGGAGUAGAAGAAGUGAUUCAAGAAAAAGAAGCCAAAAAGAAAAGAACAAGAGAUCAAAUAGAGGACCCAACGUCCAAAGAAGAGAAAAUUCCAGAAAAUUUGACACCUUUAAAAAAGCCGCGAUUGACUGAUGAAGAGAGUCCAUCGCAAAUAGUCUCAAAGAAAUCGAAAAGUGUUUUUAAAUCAUUCCUGAAAACUACCGUCAAUUUCAAAGGUUCCAAUAUUAAUGACAUUAAAGGAUACGGAAUUGAUUGAUUGAUAAAAUUCCAUUUUAGGAUAAAUUAAUUAGUGACUGUUUUGAUUUCUUUAAAUGGAGAUACGAAAGUACUUCAAGUUUGAUAAGUGAAUUUCGUAAUGUAGUUUUGUUGCGUGUUUAAACAUUUUUUAUGUACGAUGGUACAUAUGUACAUACGUUUUGAUGUGUAUUGCACAGAUUAUUUAAUAUAUACUGUAAAAUUACA